UUAAUGAAUGGACUUUGCGUUGUCAUUGAGUCAACAGGAGAUAUCACUUCGGUGGCAGUUCCAGUUUUCUUUUCUCCUGACUGAACAUCCCAAGUUCUUUCAGCUCAUUCUCGCUGGCUGUAUCUUCAAAUUUCUGUAUUAUCCUCACUGACCAUCUCUGAAUCCUCUCUAACUUAUCAAUAUCCUUCUGGAAAUGUGCUGCCAAAAAUCUACACAGAACUCCAGAUAUUAUAUUGUUAGUGCCAAGAGGAGAAGAAUAAUUACUUCACAAUUUUUUAAUAUAAUGCUUCUAAUUUAGCUUAGACUUGCAUUAGCCUUUCUAGCAGCUGCCUCACAUUGCUGACUGAUGUUCAUCUUGUUGACAGUAACCACAGCCAAGUUUUUCUCAAAUGUAGUUUCCAAGCCAUUGAAUUCCCCAACUUCUACAGUAUGCAAUGUUCUAUAUUUUUCUUCCUAAAAGUAAUACCUGAUAUUUCUCUCCGUUAAAAGAUGUCUUGUUCAUCUCAGCCUAGUCUUCCAAUCUGUCCAAAUUAGACUGCAAUUUUGUCCUGUCAUCCAGGGUGUUGGUUACAGCUCCUUAUUUCAGAAUAGGAAAAUGCCUUGUCCACUAGAGUAAUUACACUAUCAAAGAAAGAGACUGUUGCUCUCCAGACUGAAAAAAUGAUUUCAAAUUAUGGUUAAUGCUUUCUGCCAUAAUCUCAGUGUAAUCCAUGGUUUGUCCAAUGCUUUCUUACCUUAAUCAUGACUUUGUCAUCCUUUGUUUGUAUGGAGGAUUUAAUUGAUGGUGAACUUUACUUUCUGCUCUGCAGAUAUAGGAUUCAAUUGUAUGAGUAUCCUAAUGUAUUUGAUGGGGAUCUGGAUAGGAAAAGCUGCGUUAAAAUGCAAUGGGAAUUUGGCAUUCCUAGAACAUGGUUAUGUUUAAUAGGACGGACCUUUGAAAUGGUCAGCAUUACCAAAUCCAUAUCUUGUACAUGGGUUGCAGGAUAGUUUGGCAUAUAGUUUGAAUGAAAUAUAAUCUGGAUAGCUGAAAAGUACCUGUGCUGUCCUGAAAUUACAGCAAAAAGGGCAGAAAGAGUAAUUCUGUAUGGUAUUCCAGGGAAAAGCUGGCUAUGAUGUGCCCUUCUUGGUUAAUUCUCAGAUACCUAUAUUAAGCAUCUCUCUUAAUGAAAUUGCUGAGAGUUGUGAGAGUUCACUAAUGAGUGAAUGAAAUUGCUAGAGAGUUGACCCUAUGAAUGACCUAAUUUAGACAUAUCAGGAAACCACUGCUUCCCCACAAUGUGAUUGAAUCUCAGCCAGCCUUGAGUUUCUACAUACUGUUCUCAUCAUCUUUUUGGUGUACCAGUUAAGAAAAUUAGGAACAUCCAUUCUCAAGAUAAACUAACCUUAUUAACAAAGAAUGGUUUCCUUAGUUGUUACAGGAAGUUGAGGUUAAUUGUAAAGGUUAGUUGAGAAUAGGAAGCAAACGCUUCUGAUCAUUUCAGAGCAUUAAAAUAGGAGAGUGACAUGGAGAAAGUGGAAAUGAAACUGAGCCACCAUCUGAAAUCUUUAUGAUAUAUGUGUAUAAGUUGAGUACAUUUGUUUCUUUAUCAACUAUUUAAAAUUAAUUUCUUACUCUUAAAGAAUCUGUUUUCUCUUAAUUGCUGAAGAAGCUUUAUGUUUUCUACCUGGGAAUAUUGCAAUUCAGAUGUAGACCAAGGAACUUCAGCAAGCUAAACUGGUCUUAGAGGUAUCAGACCGGAUGUAUUGCUCUGUUUGCUCAAAGGCUUUUGAGAAUCGAGAUGAACAGAAGGAGCAUUAUCGGCUAGAUUGGCAUCGCUUCAACCUAAAACAGCGAUUGCAGGGACAUCAGAUGCUCACAGCUGAAGAAUUUGAGGCAAAGACUCAAGCAGAUGAUGUCUCCAGUAUCUCUGGUUCUGAUUCCAGUGACUGUGGGUCAGAUAGUGAAUCUGAAUCACAAUCUUGCCUGAACAGUGAAAGAAAAGGAACUGGCUAUUGCAAUCCACGCUCUCAGCGGGUACUUUUCAGAAACUCCGAAGCCCAGCUCAUCUCAGUCUUUCGCUGCAUUCUGCUAAACACGACAAAGGGCAGUUUGGAAGAGCCUACAGAGCUAGUGACAUCCCUUCAGAGGCAGAACCCCAGAACCUCCUGGGUUAUCCUGAUGGCUGGUGGGGGUCACUUUGCUGGAGCUGUUUUUCGGGGGAAUGAGGUGUUGGCACACAAGACUUUCCAUCGGUACACUGUGCGAGCUCGACGAGGUACAGCCCAAGGAGUGAGAGAUGCUCAAGGAACAAUGCUGAAAUCUGCUGGUGCCUCAUUACGGCGGUAUAAUGAGGCUGCUUUGCUUAAAGAUAUUCAGGAGCUGCUGAUGAGCUGGACAAGUUAUUUAAAAGAAGCAGAGUGCAUCUUUCUUCGUGCUCCACACAAUAACCGAGCUCUCUUCUUUAGUAGCAAGCAUGGUCCUCUUCAGCGAGGUGACCCACGUAUCCGGGGCAUUCCUUUCAGCACCCGAAGAGCCACCUUCCGUGAGGUGGAACGGGUGCACGGGACUUUAAGCGGUCUGCAAGUAUAUGGAAAUAAUACAACAGUGGCAGAUCUGAUUAGUUCUCCUCGGAAGACCUGGAAAAAAAUAGCUCGUAAGGAUGAAGCAUCUACACAGUCUCAAGUCACUAUCUCUGUAGCAAGGACAGAGGAGGAAGAAGAAGUAGAAGUGGGGGAAGGAAAUCUGGAGCUGGUGGAGGAGACACUAAAUUUACUGGAUCUACGUGAAUUUGAAGUGACACCAAAACAGAAUCGCAAAAAGAGGAGGAGGAAACCCAAAGCACUGCCAAAGUCUAACACGGAGACUUCAGGAAGUCUUGAAUCCAAGACCUCAUUAUGUAGAGGACCGGAGUCAACUGAGGUCCAGGAAUGGCAAGAGUCUCAAGAUGCUCCCAGUACACCUGUGCAGGAUGCCUUGUUCACAGCAUGUAAAAUGGGAGAUGUGGGAGCCCUACAGCAUCUUCUGGGAAUGGCUGAUAAUGCAACAGAUGACAGUGAGUGCAGUGAUAAAGCCACAAAACAGUUGCUCAACACACCCCUGGAUGAGAGUGGCUGGACUGUUUUGCAUGUGGCGGCAGCAGCAGGAAGAAGUGCAGUUGUGCGGCUCCUGUUGGAGAGUGGGGCUGACCCUGCCGUCAGGGACAGACAAGAACAGCCUCCAUACUGUGUGUCUACCAACAAGCAAACCCGUAAUGAAUUCCGUAGAUUCAUGGGUGAACAGCCGGAGAAGUAUGACUACAUCCGGGCUCAGGUGCCUGGACCUCUAACUGCAGAAAUGGAAGCCAGACAGGCAGAACGCCGACGAGCACAGAAAGCCCUACGGAAGCAGCGAGAGCGAGAAGAGCGAGAAGCACAAUUGCUUCUGGAGCAAGAAAAGGAAGAGAAAAGGCGUUUUGCUCUGCUCAGUGAUCGUGAGAAGCGUGCUCUGAUGGCUGAGAGGAGAUUUGCUUCCCAAUUAAAAGACUCUGAUGCAUCUUUGACCAACACCAGACGUUGCUGGUUUUGUGGGGAAUCCCUGCUGGGUUGCGUUCCUUUCCAUUAUCUUGACUUCUCCUUCUGCUCCACAAGUUGUCUGCAAGCCCAUCGACGAGGGAAAGCUGCUUCAUCCUAGCUGGGGGUUUUGCUUUGGCA